UGGAAGCGCUGGCAGGUGAAAGCAACGUCAUCGCUGCAGAAGUAGAAGCAGAAGCAGAAGUAUUUUGCCUGGGAAGCAGUCGGACGCCACGACACCACGUCGAGUUGGAAGUGGUCUUCACCUCGCCGCACAUCACCACACACACACCAACACAAAUCAGAGAUACCUGAGACCGGUCAGGACGCUCAGGUUGCUCGGCAUUGCUCAGUACUCGCGAAGCAGUUCAGCAGGAAAGUCAAACUUUAAACUCAUCUCGACACAGCUAACAUUUACAAGGCUCGUAGAAGUAUUUAAGUUGAGUGUAAACCACAAGCAGAAGAAAAUCUAAGCGCAGAAGAGAAUCUACGUGGUGUCAAUGCACUGGAGACAUUGAAGAUAUAGAAGACUUCUAGCGCAUCUUUUGCAUCGCUCAGCGUGCAGAAAUCCAUUAACUGACAAGGGACAUCGUCGCGCCGAGAUGUUGUAUUAUUGGGGCAUCGGCCUCUGCAGUGCAUGCUUACUGCUGCUGGGUGCCGCGUGCGUCUUUGGCGUCGCACUAAUCGUUCUGUUGAAGCUUUACGCGCAGUACACGUGCGGCUAUUAUCGCGGCAACGCCAAGAUGGACGGCAAGACGGUGAUCGUCACCGGGGGCAAUGGCGGCAUCGGCAAGGAAACAGCGCGGGAGCUCGCGAAACGCGGCGCAAGGGUUAUUCUCGCUUGUAGAAACAUCGAAACUGGAAAUAUUGCUAAAGAGGAAAUUGUUAAAGACUCCAAAAAUGAUAAUGUCAUCGUAAAAAAAUUAGAUUUAUCAUCAUUUGCGUCAAUUCGUGAGUUUGCCGCUGAUAUAAACCGCACGGAACCAAAACUUCACGUGUUGAUACACAAUGCAGGAACAGCAGAAACGCGUUCCAAGGUUUCCGAAGAUGGUUUAGAGUUAACAAUGGCGACCAAUCACUAUGGACCAUUCCUGUUGACACAUCUUCUAAUAGAUUUACUCAUACGCACUAGAUCUGCACGUAUUGUCGUCGUUGCAUCUGAACUUUAUCGUCUUGCAUCGCUUAAUUUAAGUAAACUUAACCCUGUCGACGCUUUCCUGCCAGCAUAUUUAUACUACGUCUCUAAGUAUGCUAAUAUUUGCUUCACAAAUGAAUUGGCGCGUCGAUUGGAAGAAACUGGUGUAACUGCAAAUUGUCUACAUCCAGGAAUGAUUGAUUCGGGAAUAUGGCGGAAUGUUCCUGCACCACUGUCAUGGCCGCUGAUGUUAAUCGUGAAAGGAUUCUUUAAGACGCCGGUGCAAGGAUGUCAGACAAGUGUUUAUCUUGCUUGUUCCGAAGAAGUUGAGGGUGUUACCGGAAAGUAUUUUAUGGAUUGUAAGGAGAGAGGAUUGAGCAGUGGUGCCGCGGAUAUGAAUAAAGCCAAGAAGUUGUGGGAAGCUUCUGAAGAGUAUGUUAAGUUGAAGGAGACUGAUCCGAAAAUUUAAAUUUAUAUUUAUCACUUACUAAUUUUAUACUAUUAAAUUAAAAUUAGUAUAUAGUUUAGAAUGAUGUAAUCGUAAAUUUAAUAAAUUUUGUUCCAAUUUUCUUAAA